GCUCACUCCAACCUGUACACCCUACCGACUCAGAAACACCGACCAUAUCCACCGACGCUUCUUCUAUCCUCCGCCAUUCGAGCAUGGCAAGCCCAUUCGCAGCGACGAAGCCUCCCGCCCGGUGAUCGCCCUAUCGCGGGAGGUGUUUAUAGACGGACGUUUCCUUGAACCUUCGACCGCAACACCGCCGACACCUGAGCCUUUGACUGCAAUACCAAGGGUACUACUGAUAACUGAUCAUGGGCGAUAUGCUAGCAUCACGCGUGCUGUCGCGGUUCUUGCCCGUGGCUGAGGGCGAUGUUUCAGUCUACGAUGGUAUGGGACGCAAUGCUGUCAGGCGCGGCGGCGACGUGGAGGCUUUGAGACAUCAUGCAUAUACGGAUGGCUUCCAGGAUGACGAUGACGACGACGACCCUGACACUUUUCUUUACGACGGUGCGGGAUAUCAGCCUACCCCGACCGAUCCUGACCAAAGCCCUGAAAUGAUGGCAGCGCAGUCUCGGCAGAAGUGGCAGAUUUCAGCUGCAAAGAGGAGAGGUAUGGAAGACGAAGACGUACCGGAGUCGUUGCUGUUAGAACCGCGAGGCAAGGCUGGGCCUAGUAGACAACACUCUAAAACCCCAGCGGAGGUUAAGCUUGCCCGCGCAGAGGCCCAAUGGAAGGCAUCGCAAGAUCAGCCCGGGCCGUCUAGGUAUGCAUCUCGGGCACCCCAAUCUUCGCGUCCGACAUCGCGGCCUUCGAGAGGUACCGCGGCAACCAGACCGACACUACGGCCGAAUCCGCAAGCAGAGGCAACUUGGUUGUACACCAACGCACACAAUCUCGAUGCAUUCCUGCUAGAGGUCUACCAGUACUUUGUCCAGCAUGGCGUGUGGUCUAUUUUACUAUCGAGAGUCCUGACGCUGUUGACCGAGCUGUUCGCUUUCAGCUUUACCAUGUUCCUCACCACCUGUCUCGACUACUCAAAAUUACCUACGAGUAAGUCAACUGCUGAGAUUAUGGUGCCCAAGUGCAUGGCGAAAGCGCCGUGGUACAAGAGUACCGCGCUUUUCUUCUUCACCCUCUACUGGCUUUUCAAGCUUCUCCGGUACACUAGAGAUGUCAGGAGGCUCUUCCAGAUGCAAGACUUCUUCCAGCAUGUGCUCGGGGUGGGAGAUCAGGAUAUUCAGACCGUGGCAUGGGGAGAGAUUGUGAAUGGCCUUGUCAAAGUGCAGAAUGCAAACAUUGCAACCGCCGCCGAUCCUUCUGAGCAGGGUAGAAAGUAUCUCGAUUUCAACAAGCCGCGUCAACGACUGAACGCAGAGGCUAUUGCCAAUCGACUAAUGCGACAGGACAACUACUACGUCGCUAUGUACAACAAAGACCUGCUCGACUUCACGCUCCCUGUUCCAUUCCUCGGCAGACGUCACUUCUACUCGAGGAGCUUGGAGUGGUCGAUCAACUUUUGCUUCACUAACUUCAUCUUCGAUGAGACGGGUAGCAUUCGUACAUUUGUGCUUGACAUCAAGCAACGCCAUGCGCAGGUCGAGGCACUGCGAGCUCGUCUUCGAAUUGCGGCAUUGGUCAGCAUCAUCGUUGCGCCCUUCACGAUCGGAUACAACGUGAUCUUGUUCUUUUUCAAGAACUAUACCGAGUUUACCAAGAACCCAUCACGAGCUGGCGCCCGCACCUUUGCGCCGUAUGCGGAGUGGAAGAUGCGGGAGUUCAACGAGCUUGAUCAUCUUUUCCGGCGUCGACUUCGCCAAGCACAUCCAUUCGCCACGGAGUACCUGAAGCAGUUCCCCAAAGACAAGACAGACCAGGCCUUUCGCUUUGUGUGUUUCGUCGCAGGUUCUAUUGCCGCUGUGCUCACCAUCGCGACCUUGUUUGACCCUGAACUGUUCCUUGGCUUUGAAGUAACGCCUGGCAGAACAGCUAUAUACUGGCUUUCCGUCAGUCUCGGCGUGUUUGGCUUCGCGAACGGAUCCUUGCCCGACGACAACGAUCUGCAUGACCCGGGCUUUCACAUGACAGAAGUCUUGCUCUACACGCACUACAUGCCGUCUCACUGGAAGAAUCGUCUACAUAGCGAUGAAGUGCGCGCUGAGUUUUCGGGCAUGUUCAAGCUCAGACUAUUCGUGUUUGCGGAAGAGCUUCUGAGCUUGAUCGUAACGCCGUUGAUCUUGUGGCAGAAUUCCGGAAAGACCUGCGAGCGGAUUAUCGACUUCUUUCGCGAGCAAACGAUUCAUAUUGAUGGUAUCGGUCACCAGUGCAAUUUCGCCUACUUCAAUUUCAAGAAGCGGAAUGAUAUCGAAGACCCAGCCACGUUCAUCCCCGAACCCGACGGACUACGAGACGAUCACUACGGACUGAAGGACGACAAGUUGGCAAGCUCGGUGCAGAAUUUCAUGCACUAUUACAGCCAUUACAACAAUCGUCAAACGCCACGUCGGCAACAGGGCUGGCAACCACCGCCUGUAUGGCCCGGUGGUAUCCCCGGUGGUAUCGCAGAGGAGUCAGGAGACGUACCACCACGACAUGCUCAGCCAUCGAUUCCAAGUCCCCGGAAUCUCCCAACUUCUGCGCUUCGCUCCCCCAGGCAGGCUGCGAAAGACGUCCGACGUUACGGCAAGCGUGAUCAAACUGGAAGGAGUACGUUCGGUGCCGGUCAUCUGUCAGACGUGACCGAAAGCCGAAUCAUGGCACAAGAUAGUGAUCUUAAAGACUUUGCAGAUGCGCCCGGCAUCCCAGCACUCGAGAGCGACACUGAUGCCGACGAAGGCGAUGUACAAGGCACGCCAGGAAUUCUGGGUUUGGCAACACAGUACGUGAAGGCACACACCGAGAAGGCUACAGGACCAGUCAGUAUGACAUAAUACGUUACGGGAAUAAUAGAAGAGAUGAGGAAUAAUAGAGGUUUACUAGGCAUAGCAUAGGAAGAAUUAGUACUGCUCAUUUCGAUGUCACUACCUACUCGUUGCAU